UUCCUAACCUCUGCCACCAGAAAAAACAAAGAAUAGACAGAUUCAUUCAUUAGAAGAAGAAGACAACACAAUCCAUAUUCUCUUACCCAAUCGUCGUUUCGAUUUUGCAGAUCUCGUCUCCUUGUCGAUUUAUUCGUAGAGAUGGCAAGUUCGAAGGGGUCUCAGAAUCUUAGAAAUCUGGCAUGCACUGGGAAGCAGGCUUUACUUCCUCCGAAAAGUCCGUUUACUGGUGGCCCAACAUUCUGUGCAGAUUUUGCUCCAGCUAGUGUGAUUGGAUCUAAGGCUGUUCAUAAGCUGGGAGAAGGAAAUAUCAAUCAUCAUCGAACUUCGUCUGAGAGCUUUCUGAUUGAGGAACAGCCUUCUUGGCUUGACGACCUUCUCAACGAACCUGAGACACCUGUACGGAAAGGAGGCCAUCGACGGUCAUCAAGUGAUUCAUUUGCAUAUGUAGAUGUCCCUGUUGGUUUUGAUGUUGAUUACACACUUUGGGAUGGUGGUAGAUAUAACAAUAACAGUUUCUCUGGUGGUCCCAAGGAGUCUGAUUACCUCAGAAGUCAGCCAGUCCCCUUCUACCCUUCAGCUCAUUUGCCCAAACAGAAAAUGAGAACAUGGGAUUCUGGUGCUCGCCCAAACAGUAGUAGUUCUGGUUGUUUGGAGAGCACCUCUAUCCCAAGAUCAGGGUCAUCCAGUAGCCUACAUGAAGCAGACAAGGUUUCUUGUGCUUCUGAUGCCAAGAAAGAUGUUUCUAUGCAUUUCAUCAAUAAUUCCGAAAAAAGGGAUAACUCUCUGGCUAAGUCUGCUACUUCCGAGGCAGAUACCAAACGUGCUAGACAGCAGUUUGCUCAACGCUCUCGGGUCCGUAAAAUUCAGUACAUAGCUGAACUGGAAAGGAACGUCCAGAUGUUACAGGUAGAGGGUUCUGAAGUGUCGGCGGAGCUUGAGUUUCUCAAUCAGCAGAAUCUAAUCCUCAGCUUGGAGAACAAAUCUCUUAAGAAUCGGUUGGAAAGCUUAGCACAAGAACAGCUUAUCAAGUACUUAGAACAUGAAGUAUUGGAGAAAGAGAUAGUGAGGCUGAGGGCUUUAUACCAGCUACAACAGCAGCACGAGCCGCAACAGCAACAGCAGCCAAAAAAGCAAGGAUCAUCUAGCCACCAGCGUUCUAAAAGUAGAGAUCUAGAGUCGCAAUUCACGAAUCUGUCCUUGAGGCCCUAAGGUUUCAAAGUUCCUGCCAAAAAUAUUUUUAUGCUUAUGGCUUGCGC